AUGGGUCAUUUAUCUCAUCCUGCUGCUAAUGCAAUCUUAUACGUUACUUAUGGUUUACUAUUAAUAAGUGGUGUUAGUAUAGGUUGGAUUUUCCAUGAUAAAAAGACAUUUUUAAACGUUAAUGGUACACAAAAGGGUAUUCCAUUAGCUUUUAAUUUCGUUGCGAGUGGUCUUGGUGUUGGUAUCCUUUCGACUUAUCCUCAAGUUGCAAAUACUGCUGGGUUACAAGGUUUAUUAGUUUAUGCAUUAUGUGGUGGUUUACCAAUGUUAUUAUUUUCAUUUUUAGGGCCAAAAAUUAGAAAACAAUGUCCUGAUGGAUUUGUCUUGACUGAAUGGGUUUUCCAUAGAUUUGGUCCUGUUGCUGGAUUAUACCUUUCUGCAUGUACUAUAUUAACAUUAUUCUUAUUUAUGGUUUCUGAUGUUGCUUCAUUACAAUAUGCUAUUAAUACUUUAACUGGAUUAAAUGCACUUCCUGUUGUUAUUGUGGAAUGUGUUGUUACAAGUAUUUAUACUGCAAUUGGUGGGUUUAAAGUUAGUUUCAUUACUGAUAAUAUUCAAAUUGCUACAGUUUUCAUCUUGAUUAUAAUUAUUUCAUGUGCAAUGGGUACAUAUAUUGAUAUUGAUACUUCAAAAAUUCCAGAAUCUGGUUUAUUAAAAGGUAAUAAAUUAGGUUGGCAAUUAAUUUAUAUCUUAGUUAUUGCAAUUUUCACAAAUGAUUUAUUCAUGUCUGGAUUUUGGUUAAGAACUUUUGCUUCAAAAACUGAUAAAGAUCUUUGGAUUGGUUGUUCAAUUGCUGCAUUUUUAAUGACUUGUAUUGCAGUUAUUGUUGGUAUCCCUGGUAUUAUUGCAGUUUGGGCUGGUCUUGUUGAUGUUGGUGAUGAUGGUGCCUCAGGUGCCUCAUUUUUCAUUAUUUUAACUCAAUUACCUUCAUGGGUUAUGGGUUUUACAUUAGUUUUCAUUGCUGCUUUAUCAACAUGUACAAUUGGUUCAUUACAAAGUGCUUUAACUUCAACCAUUUCAAAUGAUAUUUUCAGAAAUAAGAUCCCAAUCAUGUAUAUUAGAGUUAUUGUUGUAUUAAUUAUUGUACCAGUUAUUGUUGUUGGUUUAAAAGUUGCAGAUGAUGUUUUACAAAUUUAUUUCAUUGCAGAUUUAUUAUCAGCUGCAGUUAUCCCAGUUAUUUUAUUAGGUUUAAGUUCAUAUUUCUAUUUCUUAACAGUAUUUGAAGUUAUUGCCGGUGGACUUGGUGGGUUAUUAACAGUUUUCAUCUUUGGGACAAUUUAUUAUGGUAAUGCCAAAGAUGGUGGUUUAUUAUUGAUUGUUAAUAAUGGUAUCUACGGAAAUGAUUGGAGUGCAUUUGGUGCUUUCGUUGCAGCACCUGUUGGUUCAUUAUUAGCUGCUAGUAUAAUGUUGGGAUUAAGAUUAUUAGUAUUAAAAUUGAUUUCUAAAUCUAGUGGGAAACCAUUCACAGCAUUGGAUAAACCAAAACCAAAAGAUACUAAACCAGCUGAAGACGGUGUUGCUAAGAAGUCUCUUGAUAGUGAUUUGAGCUCAAAGAGUAAAGACCCAGUUCAAGUUUCCACAUCACCAGCAUAA